AUGGACUCAGACAAGAGUCGCGUUAUGUUCGGACGCCUUCCUUUUGCGUGGCAAACCUUGCUGGGGGCGAGAACUGUUAGCGCCGUUGCUCUCGACACCCGAUCAUCGUUGCCUGGCUGGCCCCUGGUGCCUAAGUCUCUAGCUCUCUCCCAUGAAGCUAUGCAGAUAUUUCAUGCCUCCCGAUAUGCGUGGUCGUCUGCCUGUGGGCCCUUCGCCGAGGGUUCCUCCACGAUUUUUCCUCAAUAUGAGUGGCGUAACAUUCGGGUAAAUAGAGUCCAGACUAUCGCCUGCGGUCUAGCUAUUCUAUCGACGAACCCCAUCGAAAAGACGGAGCGGCAAGUCGAAUUUGCCUUCAGACCAUCUCUCCAGAACAUUCAUGGCUUGAAUCUCAGGCCCAUGCAUUUGUCGAAAGUGAAGUCACCUGAACUAGUAUCCAUUGUUGCACGUGUCUUUUCCAAAUGCAGUUGUCACACUACUACUGAUCCGGUGACCGCAAACCCUUGCACAAUGUCCACCAUAGCCUCAAUGCCAGCGGGACAUCGAGCGGCCGGUCCUCAUCUCACUGUUGUCGAGGUCCAAAUAUAUUUCGCUGUCAGAGAUCUGAGAAGACACAUCCGCUGUCACAUUUGCCUCGCUGGUGGUAGUAAUUGCCACUCCAACCCGAAACGUGAGUUCUGGGCUGAUGCUGAGCAUUCUAGCAAUCUUGAAUGCAGAUACCGAUAUGGCAUGUACAACAAGUGGGUAGACUUGAUAGAAUUCCUGAAUCUUCACCGUGAAAACGAUGGCCAAGUCGUGGUUUCUGGCAGUCAUGAUUAUGCAGUUGAAGACUGCAAAAAUAAAAUCUGCUUUAUUCCGGAUGAUGCUCUCAGUUGCUUCUGCGUCGCCUAUGUGAUUGUGAGAAUCAUAUUGUGUGAUGAUGGCCAUUCGGAGAUGCUAUCUUCAUAUUCACCUUCACUACUGCAGGUGAUUCCUACCGCGUCCGUUGAGCAUUCGGCGCUUGUAUUGAAGUUGUUGUCGCCGAGGAUGACAGUUGGUAAUAUCAUCCCUGCAUUUGCCGCAGCUGCGGCCGAGAAUUGGCGCCCUGUAAUGGGAUACAGCGUCCGGGUUUCGGCUGUGGAAGCCAUGGUCAGUGGAAGAGUGACUGAGAUCUCAAAAUGCGAUGCCAUAUUGGCAGUGGUCCUUGACAUAUCAACACCAAGCAUGGCGCUCGGUGCAUACGCCACGGAGGGCGAAUAG